CCGUUUUAAAAGCACAGUAUCGGUCGGAAUCCAUGAUUAAUGAUCCUAUGGGAAAUGAUUUCGGCAAAGAUUAUCCGGUUGAUGAUCGCCACGGGUUGGAUCGAGGAAAAAUCGGACUUGAUUUCGAAUGGAUCGCAAAAUUGUCAUCUCUGUUUAGUAACUAG